AUGACGACCACCACCAAACGUGCUUACAAGCUACAGGAAUUUGUAGCUCAUUCUUUAAGUGUUAACUGCUUAAAGAUUGGGAGGAAAUCAUCGAGGGUUCUUGUGACCGGAGGAGAAGAUCAUAAGGUCAACCUUUGGGCCAUUGGCAAGCCCAAUGCCGUACUGAGUUUGUCGGGUCAUUCAAGUGGAGUUGAUUCCGUAAGCUUUGAUUCUUCUGAGGUGUUGGUAGCUGCUGGAGCAGCGAGUGGUACCAUUAAGCUUUGGGAUUUAGAGGAGGCCAAGAUUAUUCGCACUCUCACUGGUCACCGCUCCAAUUGUAUAUCGUUGGACUUCCAUCCCUUUGGGGAGUUCUUUGCAUCUGGAUCUCUGGACACAAAUCUUAAAAUAUGGGAUAUUCGAAGAAAAGGGUGUAUACAUACAUACAAGGGUCAUACACGGGGUGUUAAUGCCAUCAGAUUUACACCCGAUGGCCGCUGGGUGGUGUCUGGUGGAGAGGACAACACUGUGAAGCUGUGGGAUUUAACUGCGGGCAAGCUGUUGCAUGAGUUCAAAAGUCACGAGGGCCAGGUUCAAUGCAUUGAUUUCCAUCCCCAUGAGUUUUUGCUGGCAACAGGUUCAGCUGACAGGACUGUUAAGUUCUGGGAUCUUGAAACGUUUGAACCAAUAGGUUCUUCUGGGCCUGAGUCCACAGGUGUGCGUUGUAUGACCUUUAAUCCAGACGGGAGAACCCUUCUUUGUGGCUUGCAUGAGAAUUUGAAAGUCUUUUCAUGGGAACCAAUUAGAUGUCAUGAUACUGUAGAUGUGGGGUGGUCUAGAUUAUCAGAUCUCAAUGUUCAUGAAGGGAAGCUUCUUGGAUGUUCGUUUAACCAAAGUUGUGUUGGAGUAUGGGUUGUAGACAUCUCGCGUAUUGAACCAUAUGAAAUUGGUAGUGCUGCUCAUUUGAAUGCCAACUUAGAGCGUAAAUCUAAUUCUGGUGGUUCAACAAUACUUACUGAGAACACCAUUAAGGGCAACUUGGGCAGGCUUUCCAUUUCACAAAAUUCUGAUACUGCGAAGGAAACUAGACCUCUUGCAAGGCUUUCGGUCUCACGGAAUUCGGAUCUGAAUAGGGACUCUAAAUCUCUUGCACCUGCUGUAAGUGUCCCUGCAACUCCACAAAGGGGAAAUCUCAGUGUUGUUCCAAGAACCACUCAAAUCAAUCCAAUGGCAGUUUCCAAUGUGACAGCCCCCAAGAGGCAUCCUGUAAAGGUCCAGUCAACACCCAAUAUUUCAGUGUUCAAUAGAUCAGAAGUUAUUCCUGUGGUUGUGCCUAGAAAUAAUCCGAGAAUAGAGCAGGCUGCUGAACAAAGAAAAGAAGGAGCUCCACUAAGAACACUGCCACUAUCUAUGCAGUCAAAAACAUCCGAUGUUCGAAAAUUUUCAUCUGUGAGAGAUGACUUCGAGAGGCCUACUAUUUCUUCAUUGUCUGAAAGUGAGGACCCAAGGGCUAUUGAUUCUAGUGAGGUUUCAGAUAGGAGUACCUUUGCUGAAGUUAGGAGCUCAAAUAUUGGGGUUCCUGCAACUGAUAGAAAUGCCAAGGAUGAUAAGUGUAUGCUUUAUGGAGAAGGUGAAAUAAAUGCAUCGGUCGAUGUUCUUGCCACUUGCCAGCGUGAAAGUUAUGAAUUUCGUGGGAACAACAUGCACGGGGAUACCAGUCUCAUGGAAAGUAAAAGAGGAGGUAGAACACGACUUGCUGCAAAUUGGGAGAAGAAAGACAGAAUAUCUAACCAUGCAGUUCUUGCUUCAAGCACACUCUCUCGAAACUUACCUUCUAGAGGCUAUCCUUCAACAGGCGAAAAUGAGUCAGUUUCAGCUAGUGAGGAGAAUGUUAUUGCUGACCUGAUGGAACAGCAUGAACAAUUUGUUGGCUCAAUGCAAUCUCGUUUAGCCAAACUACAGGUAGUCCGCAAUUACUGGCAACGGCAUGAUAUCAAAGGGGCCCUUAAUGCAAUGGAGAAAAUGGCUGAUCGUUGCGUGAUUGCUGAUGUAAUGUGCCUUCUAGCAGAAAAAACUGACGUUGUCACAUUAGAUAUUUGCACGUGUCUUUUGCCACUGCUCUCAGGACUACUUGAUAGUGAACUGGAUAGGCAUAAAGAUAUUUCUCUGGAGACGCUGAUUAAACUGGUCAGAGUAUUUGGCUCGGUGAUCUAUUCUUCAUUGUCUGCACAAUCAUCUGUUGGUGUGGAUAUUGAGGCAGAGCAAAGGCUGGAACGUUGCAACAUGUGCUUUGUGGAACUCGAGAAAGUCAAGCGCUGCCUGCCCCUCCUUACCAGAAGAGGGGGUUCAAUUGCCAAGUCUGCACAGGAGCUGAAUCUAGCACUUAAGGAACUUCAGUGA